AGACAGGUGGUGUCACACAGUACACAAGACUAGCAGGUAUUGUCACCGCAUUAUUAUUACUCAAAAUGGAACCGACAAGUUUGUUGCAUGUUUUGAUCUCCGUGUCUCUAAUCACCCAGGGUGUGGCGUUCUUUCCUAGUCAGACCCGAGUGCUCCCAGACACGGACUAUACUUUGACUGCUCUUACUGAAGCUGGUAUCCUCCAUGUAGUAGCGAGAUACUUUGAAGACAGCAAUCCGGAUCGGUAUAGUCCAGGAGACUUGACGAAUCUGGACCCACUGACUCCUUCAAGUCUGUUCAUGAAACAUUAUGGCGAAUGUGCUUCAUGGAAACAAUUCGUAGGCGCCAUCAAGACGAUAACAGACAGCAAUAUUCGCAUUUCCCAAAAUUUUCCACAAAAGGCAGUAUGGCAUUUUAACGGAAAUCAGAUAAAUGCAGGCCAUCAGAAAAUGAAGAGCAUCCGCAGCCGCAUUCUACAACAGCUAACAGUUGGAGAUGAGAACGCACCAGACUAUGACGUAGCUCGUAUCGAUUGCGGUCGGUUCCUUCAUUUAGCGCAUAGUUUCUACUCGAAUACCAACUGGAUUGAGCUGAACGGGCAGAUAGACCCGGAUGUCAUAAGGCCCUCCUACAACUUGGGGAUCACUGAAACAUUAGAAUACCAUGAAUGUCCGUCAAGCGUGGCUACGUGCCGAGACUGUGAAGGGUUGGCAAACUCCGUAAUGCCACUGAAUUGUUCAAGCAACCUUCACGAGACAUUGUUAUGUUUGGUGGGCGGGUUCAGGUCUGGACAAGACAUAACCAAGCCAAGAGUUACACAGACGACCCCACCACAAUGUUCCCAUGGUGGAAUCUACGACAGGUCUAGAUUUGAUACAGCAAAGGGUGGAAUCAAUAAAGAAUCAUCAGAGCGAAGAUUGUCGCCUCAUAAUUUCUACCAUCAACGAGCUGCGCGGAUAGCAAUUCGAGCUACAGUGGACUUCUUUAAUGAUCCUGAUACCGGUCUGUAUAACUUAAUCGGGGAGCAGAAAUUUCGUAAGCUUCUUAAUCUGGAUGUUGGGACUUCAUUGACGUUUGUUAUUGACACGACUGGUAGUAUGAGUGACGAAAUAGAAGCUGUGAGAGAAGAAACAAUUGAUAUUGUUAAUACCAAUAGAGGAACAUGUUUUGCGGCCUCUAAGUAUGUCAUCGUCCCGUUCAAUGAUCCAGCAUUUGGUCCGGCAUUUGUGACUACCGAUCCGGAGGAAUGCAUCCAGUACAUCAGUGGUCUAACUGCAGCUGGCGGCGGUGAUUGCCCAGAAUUGGCUAACAGCGGACUUGAACUUGGGAUUCAAAACAGUGUGGAAGGGAGUAUCGUGUACCUCUUCACUGAUGCUGAUGACAAGGAUAAAGACAAACUUCCCAACGUUGAAGCUUUAAUAGCGGAGAAAGGUCUCAUUAGAGUGGAUUUCGUACUGACAGAGGGUUGUACAUCAAGACGUCGUAAAAGAGCAAGCAGUACCCCGUACUUAUCUUAUUUCACAAUCGCUAGACAGUCUGGUGGAAACAUCUACUUUACAGACAAUGAUGGUAUACGAGAUUUAACACGAGUAAUUCAGGGUAAUAUUCGAGCAUCACAGGUCACAAUACUGAAGCUAAGUCUAAACAGCACCACCCCUGUGGAGAUACCAGUUGAUACUACAAUACCUGAAUUUCUAGUCUCUAUUUUCGGUCCACUGGACGACGCAGUAGUGAACAUUAUAAACUCACAGGGAAUCGAAGGAUCCCCGAGUGACCUAAAUGCAGAAAUAUUCACCAGCUCGGCCCAGCAGAUAGUCUUUAGUUUCAACACCUCCUUGCAGCGAUCAAAAGGAAACUGGAACCUCAAGCUACAAAAUGUGAACCCUGACUCCGAGUACAAAGUCACCGUCUCUGCAAGAAGCCUCCUUGGUUUCACCUUUGACCUUUUGGAAGUUGACCAAUCAGGAACUGCGUAUCCAUUGGAGGGGUUACCAGUCGCUGGAGCUCAGCUCUCACUUCAAAUCCGGAUCUCAUCCCAAGACCUGAUCAGAUCAAUCGGUGAAGUUAGAUUCCAUGAUGCCACCGGUCGUGAGACACUCUUUACUGGGGUCGUUGAACCACUUGCAGGAAGGAUUCAAGGAAUGUAUGUAGCUAAUGUGACACUUCCAAACAAGGCAUUUUUCGUUAGUCUUGUUGGCGUAGACAAUGAAGACGCUUCAUUCCUUCGGACAGACCCAACAGAGGUACAAGUUAUUGACUUCAAGUUGGAACAAGUCAUUGGAAAUAAUACAGUAGAUGAGGUUUAUCAAGGAAGCGAAGGUAGGUUGACAUUUAGAGUUACAAACAAAGGACCAGCAGACACCAUGGACAUCAGUGUUUCCAUAGGGACCAAUAGAGGAGCAGUGGAACUCAAUGUACCAAUAGAACGAGUAUUGAACGCUACUGUUGAACCAUUGACCAUGGAGUUGGCAUCUGGACAGACACAAGAGGGCGUGCUGAUGGUUCGUGCUGAUGACAAUGCAACGAUUGGUGUUACUGUGAAAGUGACUUUAAGCGUUUCAGGUUCUUUAUCACCGGCUGUAAAUAUUCUCUCUGCUGAUGUGACGGUAGUUGAAACUCCCAUAAUUAUUCCCGAAGUAAAUGACUUGACUCCUCCAACCUGCACCGUGUUGGCCACUGGAGGGGGUUGCACAGCAGACCAGAUGACCAACGACUGUCACCUCCAUGAUUGGUGGGUUCGAAUCCAAGCAACGGAUGAGACGUCUUUGAUAGAGGUACUUCCUGAUCCACAAGUUGGCCUCAGUCAGUCCUUGGAAUAUGAGGAGAGAUCUGCCCGUAACGUCACAUCAAUCUAUAGAGCACGAUGUUGUUGUCCCAAACUGAACAUCACAGUGAAAGAUGGGAAUGGAAACACUGCGUCAUGCGGUAAAGAUUUCUAUACUCCAGUGGCGGGAACAAUCAAGGAACCAAUCUGUAACGGCCCGAUUGAGGACGUUGUGCCUGGUCUUGGUGUUGGUGGUAUUGUUGGGAUAAUAGCUGGCUGUGUGCUGUUGAUUUUGAUUCUUGUCAUCAUUGCUGUUGUUGUCAAACUCCACAAGACACGGAGAGAUAAGAAGAAGGAAGCGGUCUCUCAACAGAGGAAAGAAGAUCCAUUGUAAUGGAUUAGUUCAUACUGCUCUUACAUACGAUACACCGCCCGUGGGUUAUGGCAAAAUCGUCGAGUGGUCGUAAUCCUGUAGUUUUAACAUAUUUUAUGGUGAAAUUAACUUUCAUUCGAAAUAUAGGGGAAAACCUUCAACGAGUAGAAUAUUGCGUUCGAAUAAUAAGUUUUAAUUUCUGUCUUAGUCUUUCGGGAAGAUUAGUUAAAAGCCUUGUUUAAGCAUCUGAAAUCCAAUCUGUUCACAGUUCUUUUCUUUAUGCAUUUUUGGUUGGGAUACACCAAGUGAGAACACUGGUCUUUGCCGCGCGAAAAUCAUCAAAGUUCGACACAGUGUGGAUGGAGAUUCUAUCCCCCGGAGAUCUGCCCCCCCUCCACCCUCCCCCUCCCAUGUGGCAAAUUGAGUACAAACUCUUUCCGAUAGCGCCCUCUUUUAAAUGCUCUUCUUCUAUCCACCGGCUUGAGGCCAGCCCAUGGUAAUUCCCCAUGGGGGGCCGGAUCUCCGGCGGAUAAAGUUCAUUGGUACACCGGCAAAGGUGCGAUGUUUAAAGCAGGCCUAUUGACAUUAUUUUCCCUUCAGUUCCAGCUAUUAAGGUUAACCAUUUUCUUAAUUUUUAUGGUAGUCAUUGUUAAGGGGAUUGAAAUUAACUUUUACUCAGAAUUCGCAAAGACAAUCUGUUGACAAUCUUAUGGUAUAAUAUAGGUAUUCUCGGUCAGUUUCGGCAAAUGAGCAGCAAAUUUAACCACCAAGCUAUUCUAAUUCGCACGAAAGAAUGGUACUGAAAAGGGUCAUUCAAUUUCGUUGUAUGAUUAUUCAAAUGUAAUGUUGCGUCAUUUGAUUUAACAAAACAAUCACAUAAUUUAACAAUUAUCAAAGCAGCAUCCAAAUUCGCAGACGCUUCUUGAGACGUGUGUGUCACGAGAAAGAAUGACGAUACGCUAAAUUGAACAGAGUGCUAAAGGAAUUUUACUCGAUUAAAAACGAAAGUCAAUAGCCGAGUUCUGCAUUUGAAACGCAGUAACAACUGGAGAGGCAAAACAACUUUAAUUCGAAAGCGUGGAAAUUAAAUUGGAUGCUCAUAUUUGUCGAAUUUUACCAAGAGAAUCUAAAGUUUAUAGUCGGUUAUUGAAUUAACUAUUAGAAAACAUCGUUUAUUAAUUAACUUUUUUACUUUGUUUCUCUUUUCUAAAUCCUAGGUCUUGGUCUUUUAGAACUAAUUCUUGAAUGUAUACAAUAUGCGCAGUUAGUUGGUAAGAACCCUUUUUGUUGUAUUUAGCUUUUGUUUAAACUGUAAAAUUCUGAUGGUAAUUAAUUUGUGUGUGUUAUUUUGUCUAAUUAUUAUGUUUCACCCGUCAGCCCCCCAAACUCCGUACCCGAAUUAUGGGGUUCUUUAAUUUGAGCUGAAAUAAACAUAAUUAAUUGUUUGGUUUACUGACAAGUUUUGCUUACAUUCUAAGAUUAUUAUAAAAGGUGAAGAUGAUUUGGUGUUUAACUAAAGGGAAUAAAAUGUUUGGUAAUCACUUUUAAAGUUACUGACAAUACAAACUUACUCGGUAAGUAUCUUUGUCGUAAUUCUUGUAUCGAAUAACAAUAAUGAAUCCUAAUAAUCAUUAUGCAUAUAGGAACCAGACUAUUUUGUUCUUCCAGCCUCGGUUUGGUUACAUUGUUAUCAAUGGGGGGAAAUGAAGUUGGCUGCACCAUGAUAAAGUUCUAUUGAUACCUAUGCUUACAUUUUAUACUCGAAGGUAUGUAAAUAUUCUUGAUGACAAAGGGAAACAAAAAGCUGAACAAGUGACGGUUUUAAA